AUGUUGAACCUGCUGUCUACUCUCCUCCUCGCCGGCUCGGCUCUGGCUCUGCCCUCUCGCGUCGUUCCUCGAGAUGACAACACUUACUAUCCGCCUCCUCCGGCUACCACAGGAUGCACCGCCAGCUCAACAAAGGUCUCCCAGUGGACAGUCGACGAGUUCGACUUCCACGCCUCAUACAUCUUCUCAACGCCCGCUCACCAGAACUCGUGGGGAUACGUCAACUUCACCUUGAGCAACCCAGCUCUCAACUACACACCCGUCUGCAGCGCUGCCUCCGACCAGCUCUCCGACUUCUUCUACGGCAACUUCGUCUACAACUGUCAAGUGCCCGACUCAGCCGCCGCCGACAAGGCCUCCUUCACCUUUGCUCGUCCCAACAACACGCUGGCUAUCAACCAGACAUGGCACUGUGCUGAUGAGGGUAGCCGCUUCACAGCCCAGGGAGGCGUCCAGCUCAACCUCAACUGCAGUGACACCACCUGGCAGAACCCCAACUGGCAGCCUGGCCAGAUCUACUCUUCGCGCACCGUCACUUGCGGCAAGGUCACCGUCCCUGCGACGAUUGAAGAGAUGAGCGCUGUUCUGUAG